CAGCAUCAAAACGACGAAGUAAACCAUAAGUUCUGUCUUAACGGCGUCCUUGCGACAGCAUUUUAAACGACACCGUCUUGUUUUUUUUAAUUGUUUUCUCGAUCAGUUCCCGAUUGCAAGGGUUAAACGGAGAUGAGAGGGCUGCACCAUUUGAAGAGAAUCUCAAUAGUUCGAUCUCUCUUCACCUUCUCUAAUACCACUUCUCCCGGAGCACUAACGACUAGGAGAUCACUGUAUUCUUUGAGCCGGUUGUUGUCAUCAACCCCUAACGCCGCCGGUGGAUGCUACCGAGAAACACCUUCGCUUCAGUCCCCGUGGUCUGCUGUGCAACGCCGCGGUGUUAAAGUUAACGCGAUUCAGCUAAGGGCAGGGAAUGUGAUUGAACGAACAGGACGUACUUUUCGGGUUGUAGAAGCAGAGCAUAAGCAACAAGGUAGAGGAGGAGCUUCCAUACAGGUUGAGCUUCGUGAUGUUGACACUGGGAAUAAGCUUAACUUACGGUUUGGAUCUGAGGAGUCGGUUGAGAAAGUUUUUGUUGAGGAGAAAUCUUUCACGUGUUUGUAUACAGAGGGAGAUACUGCAUUUCUGAUUGAGCCUAAUACGUUUGAACAAGUUGAAGUGCCACUGGACAUAUUUGGCAAAGCUGCAGUAUAUUUAAAAGAGGAAAUGAAAGUUCAGUUGCAGCUGUAUGAUGGAAGAGCUUUAUCUGCAUCUAUCCCUAAGCAUAUUACAUGCACAGUUGUAGAAACACAAGAUCCCAUGAAAGGCCUAACAUCAGCUCCUCGGUACAAGAGAGCGCUCCUGGAUAAUGGUUCCACUAUUCAGGUACCAUCUUAUCUCGAGGCAGGUGAAAAGAUUGUGAUAAACACUGAGGAUGACUCUUUUGUUAAGAGGGACAACAAAUGAAACUCUUUUGAGUAGUCGUUGAAUGCUUCUCUUGUGGAGGUGAAGUUGAGAAGCAUUUGAUAGAAAGAUUAGGGGUUUAGUGUUUAUUAUUAUUCCAGUUGUCAUAAUCUCGGAGCUUCUGAGACUUGCGUUGCUUAAUGUGUUACAAAUUAUACGUGAAGUUUUCCUUCCAGAUUACAGAUUCAUAAAAGGUUCUUAGAAAACCUUUUUGCGUUGUAGAACGCUUGGAACGAACCUAAGAUAGGUGAUAUAUAGUGUUAGCACGAAUCUGGUUUUACUAAAAUAAAUAUUUUGAGUUUGAAUC